AACUACAUCUGCAGCGACUUUGAGCUCCUAGACGUGUGGAUCUAUAACUCCCACCAGAAAAGGUGCCACGGCCUUACCUUCUUUGUGAACUGUCUGGAGAGACAACCCAACAUGUUUGACAGUGAACAAGACUGCAUUAACAUGUGUGGUCGGUUCUCUCCUUUUUACUCUCCUCCUACUGAGAUUUCAACCUCAUCCACUUCCUCCUCCUCCUCUCCCUCCCCCACCCCUCCUUCCCCUCCUCGGAUCACUGAAACUAUCACAGCUCCUCCCAAAUCCUUUACCCUCGCCCCAACCAACGUGGCAACUCCCCCCUCGACCACAGGGUCACUACCAACCACGGACCACUCUGGACCAACCAUGGACCAAUCUGAACCGACCACGACCGCACCAACAACUGAUAGUAUUUCGACGAUUGGUUCAAAGCCAACGGACUCAGAAACAGACUCCAGUUCAGACCUCAGCGACGGUCCACUAACUGUAUUUGACAUGGCAUCAAUAGGAGUCGGAGCCCUCAUUGUUUUUCUCAUCGGCGUCAUGGUGAUUGUUAUUGCGUCGUUCAUGCACCGGCGAAGAAAGGUCCUGUUCUCGAUGAGGCGCGGACGUCAGCCUCCAGCGAUCAAAUCAAUGAGUAACCCCUGCACUCACCAAGGAAAUGGCAGAGUUGUGCAGUUUGUGAACGAGGACGUCAACUAUUCCUGCUCUCCUACCACCAGUUCUUAUUAUGUAUGAUGUCAUAUUAUUCAAUUCUCAAUUUUGUUGUUUGUAUCAUAUUAUUUCCUGAUUUGUCCGUGAAACUCUG